UAAAUUCCAUAAAGUAUGGUUCAUUUUUAUUGUGUUCUAGUUGAUUGAUCAUUGUUUCAUUGUGGUUUGUAUUGUAUUUCUCUAUAAGAGAAUUGAGUUCACUGUUUUAAAAGAAGAAACAAACAACAAGAACUUUACAGUUAUUUGAUGAUAAAGAAUUGCUUGAAUUAAACAUGACAAAAAUAAACAUCAAAAUAGAAUGAAGUGAAAAUCUAUUAGAUUCUAAUUAGAAAUGGGGAAUACAUUCUCUUCUUCAGAAGAUCUCACCAGUUCUAAUAACGAAAACAACAAGAGAAAAACAUCUACUGCCUCAAAAGGUGGAAAGCCUAAAAUUCUUUCAAUACAAGAGUAUGAAGCAGAAUUGGAUCUUUUAACCAAUGAACCAAAAUCCUCUGACGAUACAGACACAGGGGAAUGUUUUUCUGAUGAAGAUGAUGACAAUGACAAGGAUGAGAUCAAAUCCUUUACAUUACCGAAUUCAAGCAGACUGCAAUUAUCUGUCCAUUAUAAUGAUGCAGAACAAGAAAUGCAUGUGAAUGUUAUACGUGCAAAUAAUGUACCUGGCAGAGAAGCUGGCGGACCCUCAGCUUAUCAAAUUAACUUAUCUAUGAAACCAGAUAAUAAACAAUAUUGGCAAAGUAAAAUACGUACAGCACCAAAUCCAGAAUACUUAGAAGAAUGGAAAUUCCAAAUCCCUCUUGUUACUAUACACAAAUCUACGCUUAUUUGUUGUAUCGUUGGAUUUUUCGGAAAUGAAGAAUAUCUGUGUGGAGAAGCUUUUCUACCAUUUGAAAAUUUAAAUUUAAAUAUUGAAAAUAUUCUCACAGUAAAUUUUCAACCAAUACAUGUUCUACCGGUUCCACAUGAUUUGCAAUUAACAAAGACAGAAGUUGAAACAGACGAUAAAAGUAAAAUUGCAACGUCAAAAUUAACCGAUCAAGAUCGACCAUCAAUUUGUCCACAGAAUGAAAAUGCAAUCAUUUUCAAUACACGAUUAUCUAAAGUUUUACUUAUGCUACGAUUAAGUCAAAAUACUGGACGAUUUGAAUGUUGUAUUCAACAAAUUAAUCUUAUUGGUAUACGAAUAAGUAAAAUACCAAAACGAAGUAUCUAUGUGAAAUUAUUUAUUAGAACAGAAGAAGAUGGUUUAAUCAAUAAAGCGCAUAGUGCAUCUCAUCAACAACAAUCUACAAUACACAUGAAUGAAACAUUUGCAUUUUAUAUAAAACCAUAUCAAAUAGAUCGAAUCACUGUAGAAUUUUCAUUAUUCAAAAGGAAGCCAUUCAAUAAACGAAUUAUAAUUGGAACGUGCAAAAUAGGUAAAUAUAAUACAAGUAUUAAUGAAUUAGAACAUUGGGAACGUGUAUUAGCUACAAAAGAUCAAGUCAUAUCACAAUGGCAUAAAUUCUAUCCAAUAGCAAUAACACCACCGGAAAUGACAUUGAAAAUGGGAGAUUGACUGAUUGUUUGUUUGUUUUUUUUGGGGGGGGGGAAUAUUAUUUAUUCUAAUCAUUUCUUUCUAUUUAACUACUUCAAAAUGUAUACACUUUUAAUGAUGAAAGAAAUGAUUAAUGGCUUUAUACAAUAUUAUGUAAUGGGUACAAUAUAGAAUCCUCAAUAUAAAGUAUUUCAAUAAGUUUCCCUUUUUCUUUAUUCUUGGUUGAUCCUGACAAUGAAUAAAGAGUAAACAUCAGUUCGAUGUUAGCAGUCCAUUUAGUCGAACAUCUAAAUAAUGUAUAUUCCUUUCACUGUAUACUGUUGGUAACCACGAUAUCUCUGAUUGAGCUUUUUUGUAACUAGUACAACGAAAGAUUGUACAGAUGGAGAGUGUUUAGCAAUGGAAUGGAGGACGCGCGUUUCGUCCUAUUUUGGACUCGUCAGCCGGAUAUACCUAAAUUGCAGAGUUGAUGUUCACUCCAGGAUUCGAACCCAGUGCGCCAUCGCGUUAUUCACUUAGCUACUGAUAGCCAUUUGUUUGUGCAAUGGGAUGAAGUUUAAAUUCACUUGGUGGUGGACGAGACACAACACCUGGAUUCCACUGCUAACCACCAUCCAUCUUUGCCUAGAAAGCUUGUGACUUGAGGCUAUAUUGAAGCAAUCUGCACAGGAUGCACAUUUGUCAAUAAGAGACUGAUCAAUUGCAAUCCUAAAUAACAAUGGGAAGAUACAAGUAAAACAACACUAAGUAAAUUGAAAUGUUGUACACUUUUCAGAAAUAUACCGGAAUAGGUUAUGCACUUAACGGACAUUAUGAUAUAUUAAAGCAAACAAGAAAAUAGAGAAGUUUUUGAAAUAUUUAGAUCAAUGACAGGAACAGAUAGUCCAGAUGUUCAAGUAGACCGCCAUUAAUG